AGUCACUCUCACCUCAGUAUACCUGACCUUCCAGCUUUCUCCUCUGCCUUGGCACAUCAAACUGCUAAUUAGCCAUGGCAACCAAGAUGGUCAUCCAGCAGCCCAAGCCACUUGUAGUGGCUCCAGGUGCAGACCAGUGGAGCUCCAGCAUCUGCGAGUGUGACAAUGUCAAUGACUGUUGCUUUGCAUUGUGGUGUUUCCCUUGUUUUGCCUGCAUCACUGCCAGAGACCAUGGCGAGUGUCUGUGUUUGCCUUUGCUGGAGAGUUUCGGCCUCAUCCCCCCCAUUACCAUGGCCAUGAGGGUCUCAGUCAGACGAACCUAUGGUAUCGAGGACUCCAUAUGUAAUGACUGUGUGUACGCCUGCUGCUGUGGGCCGUGCUCCUGGUGCCAGAUACGACGUGAGCUGAAGGCCCGUGAGCACCCUGUCACACUCUUCCACAAUCGAGCCAAAUAAUCGCCCAUCAUGGUCAUCAUCACUACCUUCGUCACCAGGAGAACUGUUAUCAUUCUCAGCAUCAUUCAAGAAACAACAGGGACUGCAAAGCAUCUAUUGUACAGGCUAAUCUCUGACGUGACCUUUUGACUCAAAAAUGCACCUGAUCCGAUCUUGUCUCACUCUCGUCACUGAUCCGGUUUGGGCUUUACCAUUGGCCACUUUGUACGUGCUGUUUGGGGCUCAGAUCUGAGGUGUCUGGGAGUCAUGUGGACCGCAGUAUUUGUCGCUCAGUUAAACUGCUCAACAGCUCAUGAAUGAAGAUGAGAGCCUCAAAAGUAACAUCCUGUAAAACAUUCUGCUCCUCUUUUUAGUAUUUAUACAUUUUCCUCUUAAUGUUUUUCUCCUUUUUAGCAUGUUUGAUCACUAAUGCUUAGUUAAUGACCAAUGUUGGUUCAUUGUGCUUUUCUUGUUACCCCCUUAAACUGCAGGCUUAUUAUCAAUCACUGUGAAUUUUUUGGACACUACUGUAAAAUGCAUUUGUAAGUUUUGUAGUUAUGAGAGUGAGAAAGUGCAUUAUAAGGAAUUCUUUUUAAAUUUCAAAUCCACUGACAAAAAUUUUGUUUUUCAUUUGCAUAUAUUACAGUGUAAUGAAAAACAAACAAUAAAAAAGUGUCUUAAAAUA